AUGUUUUUAUGUAUUUUAGCCCUUAAAAUAGUAUUGGCGCAAUUAUUCACACCACUAUACAACCAUAAACAGCGUCACAAUCGUCAGAGAGGUUAUUGCGUACUCUUUUCUGUCUAUUUUGGUAUAUGA